AUGGGAAACGAAGCUAUCAAGUGCAAGCAUUGUGUGACCAAAGAUACAUGGGCGCGUGUGGACAUUUUAAGUGAUGCAGCUAAAUAUCUGUCAAUGUCGAAGCAUCAGAAAACAAACACUACAUGCUGUGCAUGUACAUGGAGUCUUUCGUAUGCUCACUUUAGCAAGGGCCAGAGAAAUAAGAAGGGCUCGGGGGAAGGCGUCCGAUGUAAAGCAUGUGUGGCGAAGGGUGUAUGGGCCCAAGAAGAUAUAAAAAAUUCGGAUGAUAUGACUACCACGUGUUUUGUAUGCAAUCGAGAUCUGCGCGAGUUUAAAUUCGGCGAUGUAGAGCUCGAGUUCGCAAAAAGGCGUGCGCGGUGCAAGACCUGUGUUGAUGAACGUAACCAACCCGACGAGUACUGGACAUCCACCCGAGGCAGGCGCAAAUCGCGGGAGAAGCCGAGGACACGCAUACCAGUGUUAGUGGACAUGAUGUGUUGUAAAUUAUGUUCUGCGAAGAAAGACGCAGACGCCUUCAGCCACUACGAAUGA